CGCGAGGGAAAAAGUAGGCGUAAAUAAUCGAUAACGAACGGAACACCGAAUCGUUUGCGCAAUUGCAGUGCUGGUUUAUGACGACACGUUCUUUGGGACACUAUCCGCGGGAAAAAAGCAGCAGCUCUCGCUUGUUUGUUUGUCUAGUCCGUCGUGACUACACGAAUGUUAGAUUUCAGCACCGGCCCGAGGACAGCGCGCGCUAGCAUGUGUUUUUACUAUAGUAAAACAGUGUAAACGCCAGUGUGUCGCGGAGAUCAGCGCGGAAUGGCGUCGCGGUGGAUCGCGUUCAUCGCUUUACUGUGGGAGUUUCAGUUCUGCGUUUGCCGUGAGGUCACUCUUCCCGCCGGGCCGCUGUAUCGGGUCGCAGGUUUCUCGCUGUCCCUUCCCUGUGCCGUUUCGGGAUACGAAGGCCCGCGGACGCAGGAUUUUGAGUGGUAUCUGUACCGGGAUGAUGCUGGGGAUCGGCAGAUCGGUGUGGUGUCCACACGGGACGCAGGCUUUCCGUACGCGCCAUUCCAGGGUCGCGUGCAGGCCGGCGAGGUUCGAGUUGAGAGGGAUUCGGGCGACAAAGCCAGACUGAUCAUCCAGAGGCUGCAUUCAGACGAUCAGGGCCGCUACGAGUGUUACACGCCCAGCACUGACUCCCGCUUCCUAGGGAACUACAGCUCAUCAGUGGUGGUCAAAGUGAUUCCCGACACGCUGCUUAUAACACACUCUCGCAUUCUGAGCGGCCAACCCGUUAUCGAAGGCACGGAGCUUCAGCUGACGUGCGCCGCAUCCGUCCAAUCGGAUCAGCACACUCACGUGUCCGUCACUUUCGGCGUGCGCACCAGCAGGGGGGCGGAGUCUUUGGGACACAACCUGAGAGAGAUCAUUGCGGUUGACCGCGAGCUGCGUGUGACACCGGGCCGCAGCGGCUCCUACGGGAAGAGAUACGGAGACGGAGAGAUCGCUGUGGAGAAGCGGAGAGGAGACGGAGGCCGAGAUCAGUACGUGCUGAAGAUGAGCGCUCUGGCACCCGAGGAUUCUGGGUCGUAUUUCUGUGAGGCUGCGCAGUGGAUCAGAGAUCCGGAUGGCAAAUGGGAACGCAUCGCACAGAGGACCAUGGAGCUUGGGAAUCUCACCGUUCAACCGCUCGCGGACACACUGAGCGUGCACUCCGUCCCGGAGGGUGAUGUCUCGCUGCGUCCCGGCGCUCCGCUCCGUCUCCGCUGUCAGGUGUCCGGCGUGGGUUUGGGGAAGCGCUCGGCGCUGCUGGUGCAGUGGAUGCGGCGCGGGCCGGCGGGGGGCGUAGAGGUGGAGGUGGUGCGUGUGGAUCCUGACGGUGUGGUGGUGUGGGGUGAUGAUCUCAGCAGGGCUGGAGGAGGCAGCAUGGAGAAGGAGGGCGACGGGAGCUUCUCUCUACACCUGUUCUCUGUUCACCCGUCUGACGCCGGACUCUACCGCUGCACUGUGAGCGUCUACGCUGGGAGGAAGACUCCAGCGCCGGACAGUCCAGCCACGAUCACACAGAGAUCAGACUGGGUCACUGUCAGCCUGAAGACUGAAGAGGUGCGUGUGUCUGCUAGCAUUGAUUUGCCGCGGCGUCCGCUCCUGAAGCGUGGCAGCACCGUCACGCUGCUCUGUAACGUCUCUGUGGACUCCAGCGGAGCGUCACGCGUCGAGGUUCAGUGGCUUCAGACGCCGGCUCUCUCUGAGGACCGCGGAGACCUGCUCCUGGCGACUCUGAGCUACGACGGUCUGACGCACAUCUACAGCAACGGCAGCGACCUGAGCGUGGACCGCGUGUCCGCCGGCUGCUUCAGGAUGAGGAUCUUCUCGGCCGCUGAGGAGGAUCAGGGACACUAUCAGUGUCGAGCGCAGGUUUGGGCGCAGGAUCCACGCGGAGGAUGGUACAGCACCGGCGCUGAAGCCCAGUCUGUGAGCGUUCACCUGUACCUGUACGCACGAGUCACUGAUCUGCUGCUCUUACCUCUCGUGAUCGGCGUGUCUUCGGCGCUGUUCGUGGGAAUCCUGAUCAUCGCCACUGUGACGUGCUGCUUCAUGAGCAGACUGGCCAGACAGCGCUCCCGCAUACGGAAGUAGGAAGUAUGAGAGAGACUCUCAUGGAAAAACAGUUGCAUUUACACAAAUACAUCUAGAUCCUCUUCAAGCUGUGACGUUGUGAAUUGCACGGUUUCUAUUCACUCCACUUUGUUGAAUAUUAAUUUCUCUGUGCAUUUGCUUGAGAUGAAUGAAAGGACUCAGUGCAGGUAUGUUUAGGAGAACCACUAAUAAUAAACGAACAGCACUGAAGUCACUCACUGAUAUGAAAUGUGCUCAUAAUUCAACUGAAUACUUCUUCGUAUAAAACACUUUUACAGCACUUUACGGCAUGCCAUAUUUUUUCAUCUUUUCACUUUUUGUAAUAGAAUGAAAUGCAUUGAAUAUCCUUCAGUUCCAGUGAAAUGGGAGCGAAUCCGUCUCUAGUGCACGCUUGUUUUUCAGUGACGUUUUCAUAAAGUUACUUCAUUCUUAUGUUCAUUCAUGCAAAUGGAGAAAUUCACACUGAAAUGUCUGGCUCAGAUUUGAUCCUAAAAUGUACAACUUAAAUGGACAUUGUGGGUUUUAUGGCAUAAAUCCAGAACAGCAAAUACCACAAUAAAGUAGUAACUGUUGUACUUAUUGUACUUCAAAUAUAUAAUACUAUAUUAUUUAAUAUAAUUUGUAAUUAAAAGUAUUGAAAAUUAAAAUUUUUACAUUCCAUUUUGAAAUCUUUGGGUUAUAUUUUAUCCCAAAAUAUUUUUUUUGUGUGUGUGUGGCAUAUUUCACAUUUUUUA